UAGCCACUGGAAUAUUGGCCAGUAUCAACAGAACUUUAACGGUAAACGGCUUUAUUAUCAAUUCUUAACUUUAAAAAGAAAAUAGAUCACCAUGUCCAAGGAACAUUGGAUGCGGGAUCUGCCAAGCGGAUUGCGCGAACUGUCAAUCAUCAAUUUAGCUAUUCCAGGUUCACACAACUCAAUGACAUAUGGCAUAAAUAGCAAGUCCAAACUAUCGCCCGAUGCAGAAACUUCCAUAAGACGAUGGCAUCGGUUCUUUCCCUGCUUCGUCCGCCGUUGGAGCAAAACACAAAAUUUCGGGGCGUUGGAACAACUGCAACUGGGAGUGCGAUACUUUGAUCUGAGGAUAGCCCAGAAAGAUGAUAAGUUUUACUAUUGCCAUGGGCUCUUUUCCAUGGAGAUUUUCGAACCACUUCUGGAGAUCCGUCAGUUUGUAGAUUCGCAUCCAGAGGAGGUUGUCAUCCUGGACCUGCAGCAUUUCUACGCACUCACAGUGGGCCAUCAUCAGCAGCUGCACAAGGAUCUGAUCCAGUUUUUCGGCCAUCGACUGUACUCCACUGCCGAUGGACCUCUCAGGGAAUGUACUCUCCGACGAUGUCUAGAGAUGCAACAUAAUGUUGUAAUCAUUUAUAGAAGGUGUCCCAUUCCACUUCCUCUAAGAUUUUGGCCAAGUUAUGCUUGGCCCACACCGUGGCCAAAUAAAGCGAGCGUGAAGAAGCUUCAAUCGUUUUUGGAAGACUCUCUAUUGUCGAGACAACCUGAGCAGGGAUAUGUCUCUCAGUGCCUUAUCACUCCCACUGGACGCUAUAUUGCCUUCCGACUUUUCUUCACCCUGAAAAGCACAGCCAAACGGGUGGAUAAAAAGCUACAGCCUUGGAUUCAGGAGCAGAUUCCAGGUCCCUUUGAGGCAAAGGAGGAGCCUAAGGUUAAUGUGUUCCUUGCCGAUUUCGUAGAACUUAAGGAUGGGCAGUUUUGUGAUUGGGUAGUUGAGCUAAACACAAAAUUGGAGAAUCAAAUGGCUGAGGAUGAGGUACCAGAGUCUACUUGA